CAAUUUAUCGUUUGAAUUUUUUUUUUUCGUUUUAUUUCAUUUUCAAACAUUGUAUAUACAAAUACUGAGAAAGAAUUUAGUUUUGUUAUUGUUUCUCACAUCUGAUCUGAUCCACAUCAUGAAAAAAAUGUUCAUAUUCUGUGUGUUCAUUAUGAUGAUGAUGAUGAUGAUAACAAAUUCGUUGGAAGCUAAAAAUUCAACACAAAAUCAUAAUAAAAAUUCAUGUGGCGAAAAUCGUAAAAUCCAUAUCGAUCUGAUUGUACAACAAUUUCUAAUGUUUGGUCCAAAUGGUCGUAAAUUUCCUGAAACAAUGUCACAAUUGCCAAAAUUUUGCCGUGAAAGUUCAGAUCUUCUUGAAGAAAUACGCGAUUACUUUGAACAAUGUGAAAAUGAAUAUAAUCGAGAUUUGGCUAAAAUUGUUCUGUAUUCAUUACGACGAAUGAUACGAAUAUUUUGUCAUCGUAAACAGAAUAAAAGGCCAAGUAGAAAAUUGAAACGUUUAAUAGCUGCAUCAUCAUGUGUUAAUCGUUAUCGGUUAGAAUUCACUUGUCUAGAUCGUUAUACAGAACGUUCAUGGCCAUUAAUUGGUGCCCAGAUUGGUAAUCGAAAAAUUGAUUACAUAUGCUGGCAAGUAUAAUUUAUCACCUGACAUUAAGUGAAUUAAUUUUAUUUUCUAACCAGUAACUAUGUAGAUACUAUGCAAUGUAUGGAUGAUUUUAAUGAUUCUCGUGAAUGUUUACAUAAUGAUCGUGAUUUAUUCCAUGAAUUUGUUGAACAAAUUUUCUCCAAUGUAAUCAAUGUAUUUUGUGUUGGUGAAAAUUCCCUGGAUUCAUUAGAUCAUUGUCAACGUAUUGAAUCAAAACGACCAAAAACAUUUCAAACUAUUGAUGAAGAAAUUGAAGCAAAAAAAUAUCAUUCAUUAAUGAUGGUUACAUUUGCAAUAUUGAAUUCUAUGAAUCAACAACAACAACAGCAGCAGCAGCAACCAGUUACCUUUACCAAAUGAUGAUGAUGAUGAGAUAAAAAAGCAAAAGCAAUCAUCAUUCUAUUUAUAUUUCAAAGCUUGAUUUAAUAUGUGAUAAUCAAUCAAUGACAUGGCUAAAAUAAAAAUAAGUACAAUAAAUAAA